CCGUCCGCGGCCUCCCUCUUCCUUCCCUCCCUUCGGAGCGGCGUCGACCUGGGGAAGGAGGAGGAGGAGGAAUGGAGGCCGAGGCCGGGCCCAGCAGGACGGCCUCGCCAUGAAGUGCCGCCCGCGCCAUGACAGGGAUCAGCACACCAAAACUCAGGAAUUUGGAGCAAGUCGUCACCAGCUGGAUGCCAUGCAGCCCAACGCUAAUAAUCGGCACGGCGUGCCCACAAACGGCGAUGGUAGCACAUCCCCCCAGUGCGCGCAUGCCGCAGCAUUGCCAGGAGAAGGUUCUUGCCAACACGUAGGGGACGUUCAUAUCCAGCUGGGGUCGGUUCAUGGAGAGACUGGAGAAAAUGUGGGCUCCAGGCAUCACCCGCGGCUGGGGACUCAAAGCCGUCCACACUCCCAUUCUCACAGCGAGGUUCGAGGUACCCAAGAUGGCGGCCCGGAUUUGGAGGAGCAAAACGGCAGCUCAUUCUCGGAAUUCCGAUAUCUCCUCCAGUGGUUGUAUAAGAGCCUCCCGUACCUCUUGAUCCUGUCCAUCAAACUUCUCACGCAGCACUUAACUGGCAUUUCUCUGGGAAUUGGGCUGCUAACAACCUUUAUGUAUGCAAACAAAAGCAUUGUAAAUCAGGUUUUCCUAAGAGAAAGGCAUUCCCGAUUGCAAUGUGUGUGGUUACUGGUGUUCCUCGUGGGGUCUUCCCUCCUCAUCUAUUACACCUUUUACUCCCAACGCCUUCAUUACAGCUUGAUCUUUUUAAGCCCAAAGGUGGAUUUUAUGAGCUUCUGGGAGGUGCUGUGGAUUGUGGGCAUCACCGACUUCAUCCUGAAGUUCCUGUUCAUGAGCUUCAAGUGUGUUGUUCUCCUGCUGCCUUCUCUUCUCGUGUCUUCUAAAUCCAAGGGUUACUGUUAUAUGCUCUUAGAAGAAUUCUGCCAGUUCUACCGCACCGUUGUCCCAGUCCCAGUCUGGUUCCAGUACCUUGUUGGCUUGCGGGAGCGUGACAGUACGCUGGGAUGGUGCUUUGGAGUCCUGCUCGCGUUGCUGUAUCUUGUCCUCAAGCUUCUGAGCUUUUUUGGAAACCUGAAAAACCUCAGGCGGGUCCUCAGGGCGUUCUGCACACAACCAAGCUAUGGCACAGCAGCCAGCAAGCGACAGUGUGCAGAGGCGGAGGACAUUUGCGCCAUUUGCCAAGCGGAAUUCCGGAAACCUGUCCUCCUCAUUUGCCAGCACAUAUUUUGUGACGAAUGCAUCGCGCUGUGGUUCAACCGAGAGAAGACGUGCCCGCUCUGCCGGACGGUCAUCAGCGACCACGUCAACAAGUGGAAAGAUGGGGCCACCUCCGCGCAUCUACAGGUCUAUUAAACGGAGAGCCAUCCUGCCAGAGCCACGCUUCUCGGUGUGAUGCCCUUACUCCUUGGUGGAAGGGACGACGUACUCAGGGCUUUCUGUCUCCUCUUUUCUCAAUUGCCAUACAGGAUUUCAGUCUUCAAAAUGAGUUUUCAUGGAUUUGCUUGUCAAUUUCGAAAUGCUUUUCUGUGUGUAAUUUUGAGGAUUUUUUGCAAGCUUUAUAUACUAUUUCCGUCCAUUCAGUCUGAAAGGGAGCCGCCAUUGCAGUAGUAAUAAUAGAGUAUCUUGGUCUAAAUCCCACAUUUUAAUUAUUCCAAAAUUGAGUAGUACGAACGGAUGCUAAAGAGAAACCCACUGGAUUGAUAACUGAGCAACUUUUCAGCAAUUAUGUGAAUUCCAUUGGUUCAUUCCACCUACCAAUAGGAUCGCAGCACUUUCGAGGUGAUCUCUCACCUGCAAAAAGCAACUUUUCUCCGCAGCACUUUGCUCUUGGUUGAGGCAAAACGACUUUUUCCUUCUCCUCUCGAUGCCAUUAUUGCACUCGCGCAUAUUUCGUAAGCAGCACGGAAGGAACUUUGCUCUCCAAUCUAUAUUUUAAUUAUGCACUCCUGGAAAGAAAGCUUUUUUUCUACUUUUGUAAGCCUGGAUUUGUAAAAAAAAAAAAAGGAAAAGUACUGUAUUUUUGUGAUACCUCCUACAUUUUACUAAAGGGGGAAAGAUCUAUUUUAUUGAACCUUUUUAAAAAGCAGCCUGUAGUAUACGAAUCAAUAUAUGAAAAAGAAUAAACAUUUGAAACUG